CUUUUGUGGUCCUUUAAAAUGGAUUCUGAUACGGACUCGGAUCGUGAGAAGAGCAGUGAUCCCAAUGAGGGAUUGCUAAGUAGCGAUGAUAAGACAUUCCAUGACGAUGACGAAGUGGAGGAGGACGAUUCUUCGCCAGCCGAUGAUGAAGAAGAGCCGGAAGAGGAGGAGUCUUUGUUGCCGCAGAAGAAGACAGAGAUUCGCAUGGAAGAGCAACCAACGCCAUUGGUGGUUUUGGUUCAGUCAUCAGCGGAAGCCAUAGAAGUGACUGAAGAAAUCGAUGAUCCCAUUGGGGCAAUGCCCAUUAAAGAUGGUCAUGUGGAAAGGGAACCUGAAGGGGUUGAAUGCAAAGUGGAAACCGAAGCAGAUCCUGAGCCAGAACCCCUCAAAUGUCCUUCUUCCCUGCGCGAUAGUGUUCGUGAAUCCGUGGAAUGUUUCUAUUCGGCUCAGGAUCUUCUGGAAUACGGACACAUGUUAUCCUCCACAUCCAUGGUCCGAACACCGGACGUAGAAUCUGGUUAUUUCGAGAAGUCCGAGAGUGAUGCCUCACGCGAUGAAUGGGAAGGUCCCUCGUCCUCUUCGUCAGGCGCAGCUCGUUGCCGUCUGUUAUCCGGAAUAUCCGGUCUGUCCGUCUCUUCAUCGAGCCGGCAUAGUGCCGAGGGUUUGCGUAUGGAACUGAGUCGUUUCCGUACCAUGAUUGAGACCCUCGAACGGGAAAGUCUUGAGAAAUCGCAAUCCGAACUGCAGCUGAAGGCUAAAACCAAGCCAAAACCAAAGCCUAAACAGAGAUCUCAUAUCCAGGAAUCGACUGGGGAAAGCGGUUCGGAUCAGAGUUCGGAAAAGGGUUCCGAGAGGGGCUUCUGGUCAACGGUUUUCGGUCAGGCAGGUCUGGAGAUUAGCCAGGAUGAGGAGAAACGAAUUGCAGAUAUACAGAAAGCUCAUCGGGCUCUCGAGCUGCUCGAGGAUUACCACGCGAGGCUUUCCGAGCCGCAGGAUCGGGCGCUGCGUAUUGCAAUCGAACGCGUUAUACGCAUAUUUAAAUCUCGCUUGUUUCAAGCGCUAUUAGAUAUACAAGAAUUCUAUGAAUUGACAUUAUUGGAUGACUCGAAGAGCAUACAGCAAAAGACGGCGGAGACCUUGCAAAUUGCAACCAAAUGGGAGAAGGAUGGCCAGGCCGUUAAGAUAGCCGAUUUUAUCAAAACUUCAAAUUUAAAUCGCAAUUGCGCCUAUGAGUUUAACAACGACGCCUCAUCCAAUCAAACCAACCAAUCAGCCCUCAAUCAGACUCAGAUCGCGAAUAAUAUCAGUGCCCAAGCGCAGGCCGAGGCCCUCAGCAGAACAUUUAAGAGUGAAUUGGAAGAGAUCUUGAAUCAACGCAUGCGCAUCGAGUCGGACACGGAAAAUACAAAGGAGCCACCGGCCGAGCAGCAGCAGCAGCAACAGCGCAGUUCCCGCUCCCCGCAGCAGCUGCAGCAAAAUCAGCAGCAGCCGCAACAGCAGCAGCAGCAGUUGCAGCAGGGAACCAAGUCAAGGAGCGGGUCGCAGACUCUCCAUAAGGCGUCGUCGGCAAAGGUUAAUGGCGAUGAUAGCUGGUUAUACGAGGACAUUCAGCUGGAGCGGGGCAACUCUGGUUUGGGUUUCUCCAUUGCCGGCGGUACAGACAAUCCGCACAUCGGCACCGACACCUCCAUCUACAUCACCAAGCUCAUUUCCGGCGGAGCAGCUGCCGCCGAUGGACGGCUGAGCAUUAACGACAUCAUCGUUUCCGUGAACGAGGUGUCCGUGGUGGAUGUGCCACAUGCCUCUGCUGUGGAUGCUCUAAAGAAGGCAGGAAAUGUGGUUAAGCUGCAUGUGAAACGAAAACGUGGAACGGCCACAACUCCGGCAGCCGGAUCGGCAGCUGGAGAUGCCCGGGAUAGUGGUCCUAAGGUCAUUGAAAUCGAUCUGGUCAAGGGCGGCAAGGGACUGGGCUUCUCCAUUGCCGGCGGCAUUGGCAACCAGCAUAUCCCCGGCGAUAAUGGUAUCUAUGUGACCAAGCUGAUGGACGGCGGAGCAGCGCAGGUGGAUGGACGUCUUUCGAUCGGAGACAAACUGAUUGCAGUGCGCACCAAUGGGAGCGAAAAGAACCUGGAGAACGUAACGCACGAACUGGCGGUGGCCACACUGAAGUCCAUCACCGACAAGGUGACGCUCAUCAUUGGCAAGACGCAGCACCUGACCACCAGUGCGUCCGGCGGAGGAGGUCUAUCAUCUGGACAACAGUUGUCGCAGUCGCAAUCGCAGUUGGCAACCAGCCAGAGCCAAAGUCAGGUGCACCAGCAGCAGCAUCAGACGCCGAUGGUCAAUUCGCAGUCGACAGGUGCGCUAAAUAGUGUGGGACAUACGGUUGUCGAUUCACCACCAACACCACAAACUGCAGCAGCAAUUGCAUCUGCAUCUGCAUCUGCAUCAGUCAUUGCAAGCAACAACACAAUCAGCAACACCACAGUCACCACAGUCACGGCCACAGCCACCAACAACAGUAGCAGCAAGUUGCCGCCGUCGCUUGGCGCUAACAGCAGCAUUAGCAUUAGCAAUAGCAACAGCAACAGCAAUAACAUCAACAACAGCAAUAACAUCAACAACAACAACAACAACAGUAAUAGCAGCACGACGGCAACUGUUGCAGCAGCAGCAGCAACACCAACAGCAGCAGCAGCAUCUCCACCCGCCUCCUUCUAUAACAAUGCUUCCAUGCCCGCCCUGCCUGUCGAAUCCAAUCAAACAAACAACCGUUCCCAAUCACCCCAGCCGCGUCAGCCCGGCUCGCGAUAUGCCUCCACGAAUGUCCUGGCCGCCGUUCCGCCAGGAACUCCGCGCGCUGUCAGCACCGAGGAUAUAACCAGAGAACCGCGCACCAUCACCAUCCAGAAGGGACCUCAGGGCCUGGGCUUCAACAUCGUUGGCGGCGAAGAUGGCCAGGGUAUCUAUGUGUCCUUCAUUCUGGCCGGCGGCCCUGCCGAUCUUGGCUCCGAGCUUAAGCGCGGCGAUCAGCUGCUCAGCGUGAACAAUGUCAACCUCACGCACGCCACCCACGAGGAGGCGGCCCAGGCACUUAAGACUUCUGGCGGUGUGGUGACCCUGUUGGCGCAGUACCGCCCUGAGGAGUACAACCGCUUUGAGGCACGCAUCCAGGAGUUGAAACAACAGGCUGCCCUCGGUGCCGGAGGAUCGGGAACACUGCUGCGAACCACGCAGAAACGAUCGCUGUAUGUGCGCGCCCUGUUCGACUAUGACCCCAAUCGUGACGAUGGAUUGCCCUCGCGAGGAUUGCCUUUUAAGCAUGGCGAUAUCCUGCAUGUGACCAAUGCUUCCGACGAUGAAUGGUGGCAGGCACGACGGGUACUGGGCGACAAUGAGGAUGAGCAGAUCGGCAUUGUGCCAUCGAAAAGGCGUUGGGAGCGCAAGAUGCGAGCCAGGGAUCGCAGUGUGAAGUUCCAGGGUCAUGCGGCAGCCAAUAAUAAUCUGGAUAAGCAAUCGACAUUGGAUCGAAAGAAAAAGAAUUUCACAUUCUCGCGCAAAUUUCCGUUUAUGAAGAGUCGCGAUGAGAAGAAUGAAGAUGGCAGCGACCAAGAGCCCAAUGGAGUUGUGAGCAGCACCAGCGAAAUUGACAUCAACAAUGUCAACAACAACCAGGCGAAUGAGCCGCAACCCUUUAUGCUUUGCUACACACAAGACGAUGCCAAUGCUGAAGGAGGCGAGAUUAUCUACAGGGUGGAGCUACCCGAUAUGGAGCAGAUAACUCUGAUCUACUUGGAGAAUAACGAUGCUGACUAUCCUUCCGAGGAGAACGUGCUGUCCUACGAGGCCGUGCAACGUUUGUCCAUCAACUAUACGCGCCCGGUGAUUAUCCUGGGACCGCUCAAGGAUCGCAUCAACGAUGAUCUAAUAUCGGAGUAUCCCGAAAAGUUCGGCUCCUGUGUGCCACACACCACUCGACCCAAGAGGGAGUACGAGGUGGACGGUAGGGACUAUCACUUUGUGUCCUCUCGCGAGCAAAUGGAAAGGGAUAUCCAGAACCAUUUGUUCAUCGAGGCGGGCCAGUAUAACGACAAUCUAUAUGGCACCUCGGUGGCCAGUGUGCGCGAGGUGGCGGAGAAGGGCAAACACUGCAUCCUGGACGUGUCCGGAAAUGCCAUCAAGCGCCUGCAAGUGGCCCAGCUCUAUCCCGUUGCAGUGUUCAUCAAGCCCAAGUCGGUGGACUCUGUGAUGGAGAUGAAUCGUCGCAUGACGGAGGAGCAGGCCAAGAAGACUUACGAGCGGGCUAUUAAAAUGGAGCAGGAAUUCGGCGAAUACUUUACGGGCGUUGUCCAGGGCGAUACCAUCGAGGAGAUCUAUAGCAAAGUGAAAUCGAUGAUUUGGUCCCAGUCGGGACCAACCAUUUGGGUACCUUCCAAGGAAUCUCUAUGACCAACAGCCACCACAACUUGGACACUGCCGCCUCGAGUUCGAUGCCGACCGGUCUCGAGAACAACAAUAGGAGCAACAGCAGCAGCAACAAAUCAGCAGCCACAACAGAAGACGCCGCACUGAUGAUCCAUUACAGUAACAACAGCAACAGAAACAACAAUAACAACUACUACAACUACAACUACAACAACAACAGCAGCAGCCACAACUAUAACAACAUUGACGACAACAACGACAGAAAACGGAAACGGAAACGGACUAACAAACUUGACAAACAUAUAGACAGUAAAAAUUUAUAACGACGCAGCCGCAGCAGCCAACUUAAUGUAGCAAAUUGUCCAAAGCAAUUUUAUUUGGAUGCACUCAUUACAGUACGAUCAUGUGAACGUACAUCCAGCAGCUAGACAAGGAUGGAAGGAAAUGAGCGAACAUCAGAGCAAAGCAUUUUGGCAUCGUAGGAAUAUGAGUUGAGAGUUAUGGGGGUGUUCAAACUGAAGCGGACAAAGGUGUAUAGUUUUUAGUUAGAACAAAGUUGGAUAUAAACAAAAGAAGAGAAGCGAAAUAUAAUAUAUAUAUAUAUAUAUAUACACACCACUUAUAUAGACUAAGAUCCGAUUAUAGAAAGCAUAGAGUCGAGAGUCGAAGGAGAGAAGGGCUUCGAGGAGUUCGUUAAGCGCUAGAGUGUUGUUUGUUUAUGUUGAUGUUUAUAUACGAGAGCCAAGAGUUAUAGCGAGUUAGUUAUGUUGACGAUAAUGUGUUUUUUGAUAUAUAUUGAUCUAUAUAAUAUAUGUAAACAUGCAGGCACAGGUAUAGGCAUAGGCACUGGCACUGGCACAGACACCCCCCCGAACCAUGCACACCAAUAAUGUUUUUUUGGGGUUUAAUGGUGAUGCUGAUGCCGAUGCUGAUGCACAAGUGCAUUUGCAUGGCAAGGUGGUUAACUUUAAGUACGACAAUGUUUAGUAGCUGACUACGAGAAAUGAAAUGACGACGAUGACGGGACGUGAAGGCGGUUCUAGUUAUGGUUAUGGUUAUGGUUACGGUUGCGGAUCCAGCGGAUAGUCAGAGAUUGACGACGAUAACGACGAUUUACGAUUACGAUCUAAUGAUAAUGAUAUUGAUGAUGAAUAUCGAAGCUAAUAACGAUGGAAGAUGAUGAUGAGAAGAACGUUGGUGCAUUUGUUGUUAGAUGUAUGUAAUUUUUCCCACUCGCCUUUGCCUAAAAGCAACACAAAACUAAAAACCAACAAGAACUAUAAAAAAAAAAAAACAACUUAAUAAAACAUGCGUAUGAUAAAUACUAGAAACUAGUGGAAAAGUUGCAUAUAAAAAGAAAACCACAGACAUUCAUUCACACAUCUACUUACUAUAUAUAUAUAUCUGUACCAUUUAGCCUAUAGUCCGCAAGAGAUCGUCGAAACAAAGUCAUUUUACUAUAUAAAUAAACACAAAACAUCCGCAUAAUGUAAACUACGACAGCAAGCGGUUGGAAAGAGAAGGAAAAAAGAAAAGAAAAGAAAUGGAAUUUGUUGUCGCGUUGAUUUAAAUCUAUAUAAUGAGUAAUAUAUUGUAUAUUUAACAAUCUAUGAAACAAAUAUAGUAUGUAGAUAAUACAAACACACAUACACACACACGAACCCAUACAAACAUACAUGGAUUACCGUUGCGGUCUAAUUUUAUACACAUACAUACAAACACCACACCACACACAAGACAAAUCGAAUUGCAAAGGCAAAUAAAUAAAUGAAUAAGGAAGAGGAUGUAGAAGCGAAAGCGAAAGCGAAAGCGGACAAGAAGCAGAGCUGGAGAUGAGAUCAACUCAAAUUAGAUAACUAUACAUAUAUUUGCUGAUUAAUUUAUAUAAACCAAUUUACGAUUUAUAGCCAACGCACAGUAAAAAGAAAAAGAAAAAUAAGAAAAACGAAAAACAAAACACAUACGAAAUUUGUUCGAAAAAAUUUAGCAAAAUUCAAGUUGAGUGUUAACAUUAUUAUUCAUGCGAAAUAUGCAUAUAAAUAUUAUUAUUAUUUUUUUUUUUUUUCAACUCUGUCCAUCUCUCUUGCUCCCUAUCUUACUUAUUAUCCUACUUCGAACAUAUAUAAAUAUAUUUUUUUUUAUUUAACUUUUUUGUAUAUUGCAAAAACGUCGACGACGCCACAGCAGCAGCAGCUAUGGAUAUUAUUUCAAAAAUAUAUACAUAUAACUAUUAUACAAAUAAAGAAUGAAAACAACAAAGCAUUAUAAUUUUCACAAUGUCUGCGCCGAGAGCAUUGUUAUAUUUAAUAAACAAACAAAAAACUAAAACAAUGAUAAAACAAAAUACAAAACUAUGCGAAUAAUUUCCACUCUAAAAUGAAAAUAAGAACAAGAAACAUAAAAGAAGAAGGAGGAUAACCCGCUAAGUGUAAUAAACAAAUCGAACUUCUUAACUUCAAUUUGAUACAUCCAACUAGCAUACGAAAGGCAUUGCAUUAACUAACAUUAGACGAGAUGAGAGAUGAGGAGUUAACUAUAGAUAACCGCUUAACAGGGUGCGCCCCACGUCUUUUUUGGGUGACUAUUCGUAGCAAGUGAUUUUUUUUCGCUCAAAAAAAAAAAAAAAAAAAAACGGAAAAACUAAAAACUAAAAAUAUUUAAAUCAAGGGGAAGGCCUAUUUUCCAAGCGGUUCUUCCGAGAGAGAGAGAGACGCCCCCGAGAACCCAAGAACUCAAAUCACUUUUCCAACUAGCCUUAGAUUUUACUAAACUAAACAUGAAACCCUCGAGAACUAACUAUCAAGCAAUUAUCAACUAGAUAAAGAAAAUAUAUAUAUAUUUAAAUUAGAUCAAGGAGCGGCUGACAAGGGAAGCAAAAUCGAGAAACCCCAAUUCGCCCCAGAUGAUAUAUAUCUAUAUAUAUAUAUAUAUAUAUCCUAUCCACUAACACAUACGCGCGCGCAUACAAAGCAUGGGAAAGCGUUUCAUCAAAAUUGUGCCUUUUCUUUUUGUUGUUGUUGUUGUCGAAUCGAAUAUCGAAUAUGUCGAAUAUCGAUGAAAAUAUACACACACAUUGACACAUGUACGGGCAGCUUUCGUAUGGUUUCCGCUCACAUUUAUGUAUGUACAUCCCCGUUAACAUCACAUUUACAUCCCGACCCCCACUGCCACCCCAGACCCAUUCAAGCCCAUCCAAAAUGCAAUGUUUUUUGCUAGUCAUACACCUACGAAGAGGAAAGAGUUAAAAAGAAAAACGAAGAAACCCUUAGCCUUAGCGAUGAGUAAAGAAAGUAAAUCAAAUUCAAUUUUGUUGAAGUUCGCAUACGGAUCGGCAGUAGAGCUAUAUAUGUGCUAUAUAUAAUAGUGCAAACCACAAAAAGAAAAACAAAACAUAAAAAACGAAUGGAAGUAAAGAGUUUAAGAAUUGGGUUGAUAUAUAUACAUAUAUAUAUACAUGGGCAAAAUAAAAAAAAACAAAGAAGAAAGAACACACACAAGUACACCCAACAUAUGUACAAUACUCAUGUUCAUGUGCGAGAAACAAAAAAUAUUGAGAGACCCCAUGCGGCCUCAAAAGCGUUUUCAUUAUGUAUUAUGUCAAAUGUAAUUUGUUCAUCAGCGGAUGAAACACUCGCCCACACCCCAAAAACACACUCGAAAUAAACCGUAAUAAAAAUACGUAA